AGGUGGGCCAAGUUACACUGACAAACAAGUGAUUUAUAUUCCUGCUAUGUGGUUGUAAUAGGGGGCAGGUGGAAGCCAAUAAAGUCGUAUCCCUAUAAUGGAAAUUAUUACAAUUCUAUUUAUGGGAAAAAUAUCUAGUAAUAAUAACAGAAAAAAUCUCCUCGAAUGGGUGCCAAAUAUGUUUGCUUUCCCAUUGGACCAACCACGCCUCCUAAUAACAACAAGAGAUGAUAAUGGUACUUCUCCCACUCGCACACUUGGCAAACGCGCCUCCGUCGACAUGUUUCCUUGAAGGCAGUGCACCUCACGCGUCCCGGGGAGCGUGUCAGGUGGAAGGGCAAACUUCCAUAUGACGUCAUAUAGGCCAACGAAGCCCAAGGCAGCCCCCACGGUAAGCUUUUGAUUCGGCAGAGCGCCUGCCACAUUGUGGGCUUUCAUUGGAUGCCUGUGGGACCAUGGACUCGAUUACCCCCGCAGUCCGACCCUACUGAGCCAUUAGAAAGAGGAGAAAAAACUAAUUAAGCCUACCUAAGCUAAAGCCAGGAGGAGGCUAGCUGAUCUUGUUGCUAUUUCUUUCAGUGCCGCUGCCUGUUGUGGUUUUGGUUGUGGCUGUGGUGAGAUUAGAGAGAGAGAGGGAGAUGGAAGGCGGAGGAGAAUGCAACGGUGGCGGUGAGAAGAACCCUUCUGUUUUAAAUCGGAUAUUGCUCAAAUACCGGCCGAUUGCGCCGAAACCGUUCACCGGAGGCACAGCUUUGGAUAAGCUGCCCAAGAGAACCAAGAGAAAGUACGUUAGGACGGUCCGCAAAUAUAAAGAAGAUGAAAACGGGAAAGGCCAAAUGACGGAUGAGGAGCGCGUGGAGACACUGCAGCUGUUGCCUCAGAUCAUAGAGCAGAGUGGUAGUGACCUCUCCAAUCACGGUGGCGGAUCUAGCUGUGAGGUUGAUGCUAUGAUCGUUGAAGAUAACAAUCACUGGUUGAGCUUGAGUGGAGCCGGAGAUCCGACCGCGGCGGUGGGGAAGAAGCAGGUUGCUGUUGACAGCGUGUCAGAUCCAUCGGCGGUGAUGGAUCGGAUGGGAGGAGUGGAGUCGUGGGUGACGGUGGAGUGCGUGAGAGGCACAUGCAUGAUGGCUCCGAGUUCUUCUCAAGGGUUUGGGUUUGGUCUUUCCGGGGUCAGUGCGGACGAGGAGAGAAUGAGGAGAUUGGAGAGAGACGCAUGUCCGGGGUUCAUAUCGGACGGUUGGAACAGAGUGCAGUGGCUGAACGGAGCGUUUAGGAGGAUGGUGAUGAUGACGAGGCAGCAGCAACCGUUACCGGAGGUAACGGUGUGGUUAUGGAUGAAUGAGGAGCUCCCGCACACGACGAACUCGGCGUUCACGUGCCAAGUGAAACUGAAAUACACGGUGUUGGAGAGUCAGAAAAAGGAGAAGAACUACUACUCGCAGUCGGUGCCUUGUGAUUUGUGGAGGAUGGACGGCGGAGGAUUUGCAUGGCGGCUCGACGUUAAAGCUGCCCUCACUCUCGGCGGUUGAACCAAACUCCGUUCUAUCCGAUCAGUUUGUUCCAGUAGCGAUUCAAUGUUCAUAUAUGUACGAGUGUUAUAUUUUCAUAUAGAUGGAGGAGGCUUCCGAGAAUCUGGAGAAGCGAUUGAACUAGUGAGUGCUCGAUGAUGAAAUCAAACGUAUACAUAUAUAUUAUGUACGUGGUAAUAAGGAUCUGUAGAUUGAAUAAUUUCUAUUGCAAGCAACCAAUGAUUGAAACUAAUCAAUCAUGAUAUAUGAAGAAGCAAGCUAGGUAGAAGUGGAGUGUUGAUUGUUGAAGUCCCUAACUAGGUUUAUGCUAGAAGGGCCGAACAUGGAGAACGAUCGAGUGAAUUGAAGUUGGAGACUGGUGUAGUAAUUGAAAAGAAGACUUCGGGAAAAUGUUGAUUGUUGAAGUUGGAUUGACUUGUUGAUUAUUGAAGUCCCUAACUAGUUUAUGCUAGAAGGGCUGAACAUGUAGAAUGAUUGAUUGAAUUGAAGUUGGAGAGUGGUGUAGUAAUUGAAAAGAAGACUUCAAUGAUAUGAAGGGACACGAUGUAGUACGUUCUGUUUCAAAUCUGGAAUUUUGUUAUUCAUCAUCUUCUUCUUUUC